AUGUAUUGUUAUGACCAUGGAUUAAAUGUACCACAACUUGCCUACGUCUGUGCAGUUAGACAGGGUGUUGUCGUUGGAAUAUGUUUAGCACAAGCAAGUUACUUGUCACCUGUAAAUGGAAAUGGAUUUUCCCUUAACGGAAAUGGAUAUACUAAUGGCGUAAACGGGAAUGGGAAUGGCGCAUAUACAAAUGGUAAUGGCAUAAAUGGGAAUGGCGUAUAUACAAAUGGUAAUGGCAUAAAUGGGAAUGGCGUAUAUAUAAAUGGCAAUAGCAGAAAUGGAAAUGGCAAUGGUGCAUUUUCUAAUGAAAAUGGAAAUGGAAUCGGCGCUUAUAAUAAUGGGAAUGGAGGCAUAAAUGGUAACGUUAAUGGAGUUUAUAGAAACGGGAAUGGGAGAGGUGCAUAUAAAAAUGGUAAUGGUAUAAAUGGGAACGGAGUAUAUACAAAUGGUAAUGGUAGGUAUGGAUAUGGCAAUGGUGCAUUUUCUAAUGGAAAUGGGGCUUAUGUAAAUGGAAAUGGCAACGGUGCAUAUUCCAAUGGUAACGGUGCAUAUACCAAUGGAAACGGGAAUGGAGCCUACAGAAAUGGUAAUGGGGUCACCGUGUACGCCAAUGGCAUUGUGGAUCCCUUCAGAGCUCUGGCUGAUGCCAUUGGCGGUGGAGGCGUCCCAGGUGUGGACUACCCCAUCCUGGCCUUCGUCCCCGACACCGGCUUCUCGUGCAACGACCAACUGCCUGGAUAUUACGCUGAUACUUCGCCUGAGGCUGGAUGUCAGGUGUUCCACAUCUGUCAGGCAGGAGGCAGAAUCGACUCGUUCCUUUGUCCCAAUGGCACAGUGUUUAAUCAGCAAUACUUCGUGUGCGAUUGGUGGUACAACUUUGACUGUUCGACAGCUGAACACUUCUACGGUUUGAAUGCUGAGAUUGGUAAUGUCAAUGGAAAUGGAUACACAAACGGUAAUGGUUAUAAUGGAUAUGCCAACGGUAAUGGAUACACCAUCGGCAAUGGUUACAACAACGGUCAUAGGAAUGGUAAUGGAUAUACCAACGGUAACGGAUACACUAAUAGUAACGGCAACGGAUACACCAAUGGUAAUGGUAACGGAAACGGAUACACAAACGGUAAUGGCAACGACAAUGGAUACACAAAUGUAACGGGAACGGAUAAUGGUAACAGAAGCGAUAAUGGUUACACCAACGGCAAUGCUAACGGAAAUAGGUACAGCAAUGGCAACGGUAAUGGAAACGGGUUUACCAAUGGAAAUGGGUAUAUGAACGGUAACAAAAAUGGAUACAGCAAUGGGAAUGGAUAUGCUAACGGCAAUGGUAAUGGGAACGGCUACGUCAACGGAAAUGGUUAUAUCAGUGGAAAUGGCAAAGCCAAUGGAAAUGGCAGAGCGUCGUACGCAAGAUCUAAUGCUCUUAAGGCUCAUGAGGUGGCUUGA